UAUAUAUAUACACACACAUAUACACAUUAUAUAAACUCUCUCUUCUCCCCUAGAGGUUCUAAUUUAGAUUUCCAAUUGCCAAUAAUGGCGACCAACAACAAAUCCAUCGUUCUGUUCCUAAUCAUCCACAUCUUCGUCAUCUCUUUCGCAGCCGCCACGCCGGAAAAGGGCUACGAUGCGAGGGCGUACGUGAAAUCGUGGUGCGAGAGAACACUAUACUCAGACCUAUGCGUACGGUCCUUGGCUCGGUACGUGGGUUCGGGCGCAAUGAAAAACCCACAAGACCUGGCCCGAGUGGCGCUGAAAGUGAGCCUGUACAGGGCCAAGUACACAAAGGCCUUCCUGAUGAAAGUGGCCAAGGAGGAGUACGGACCGGUCCGAGACUGCCUGACCCAGAUAAGAGACAGCGUGAACCAGCUGACCCUAGCCAUCGAGGAAUUGAACCGAGUCGGGAGCGAGAGCAUGACGAGCAGCGAGCUCGAGUGGCACAUCAAUAGCCUUCAGACGUGGACGAGUUCGGCUCUGACCGAUGCCGAGACAUGCGUGAGCCAGUUCCAGGGACGGAGGAUGAGUAAAGUGAAGGCUUCGAUUAAAGGGAAGGUGAAGAAUGUUGAGGAGACCACAAGCAAUGCCCUCGCCUUUAUCCAACGCUACGCCGCUGUUCGUUACAGAGCCAGACGCCCCUAAUCCCACAAAGCUUCCCUUCUCUUGUUUUUAUUUUAUUUUUAUUUGGGUUCCAUUUGGUUUAUGUGUUUUACUGAAUGUGUUCGGUUCGAUAACCUUUGGAAAAGGUUUAUGAAAAUGUAUCUAAUUGAAUAAUAAAUAUAGUAAAUAUCAAAUCAAAA